UAGCUCUGCAAGUCUGCAUGCAGUGGGUUCGCAAUGACUAUUCAGACCGGGAACUAGUAUUUCUGUAUCAUUGCCUCUGUCCCGCCAGGACUGCACCCCUGGCAUGGACAUUCUGGUAGAUAUAGGAUGGAAGAAAGCGAACUUGUGGAUAAUUGCUUGCGCAAACUGCAUGCACAUCUGAGCAAAAUAAACCAAGAUUUCUGCAACGCCCCAGCAGUUGCUGCGUCCGGAUCCGAUCCCGGAAGACCUAUCACACUGCAAGUUAUUAGCGAGCGUGAUGCUCUACGCUUGACUUUCCCGAGACGGCAUGGACAGUCGCAUCCACUCGGAACCCAGAAGUCGAGCAGUGCCGUCACAGUAUUUUCUGAAAAGAGAGACAAUGUGGAAGGAGGAGAAGAGAUUUUCACGGAGAAUAUGGGGACGUUCCUCUUUCCUACCGAUAGCCCGCACGCUACGGACACCUGCUUAGUUCUUGGAUCUGCAGGUCAAGGGAAAACUACAUUGUGUAGGCAAGUGAUAAGGGACAUCAUGGAGGCACCGGUAGGACCAACGAGUAUCAUCUUCUACAUAGACUGCUCUGAUGUGGAUCGUAUCAUGACAAUGGAUUUGCGGAUUUUGCUUGGACUGAAUCAUCCGGAUUUAGGAUUUGGCAGCGAGGAGCAGGAUCUUACUCUACAACACUUUUACCUGUCUGUUUUCGCACAGAAAGGACAACGGCAAUUUGGCGAUGUUUUGGUGGUAUUUGAUGGCAUUGAAAAAGCACCUGCGGAUGCAUUUGGUCUUGCGUUUUCUUUGUUGAUCAGCCAUCCUGGCUGUGAAUUGGGUGCUAAUAAACUUAAUAUCCUGGUCACUGCAUGUCCAUGCGCGCCAUUGUAUGACUUUGUCCCAAUGCUCAAGCAGCGCUACCGUCUCCGUCGGCUGACAGAUAAUCAGCUGAGAGAGGCUUGCUAUCUGCAGCUCGGCACUGAACGUGGAAAGCAGUGUAUGAAACAGCUCUUACAGCUUGCUCUUCUACCAUUGAAAGAAGCAAUCUGUGAGUAUGUGUCCCUACGAUCUUUCGUCUUUUCAGAAUUCUCUCUGACAAGCUCUGUCUUAUCCAGUUUCGCCGUUUUCUUCAACCAACAUCUCUGCUCGGGAGUGGAUAGUCUUGAGGAAGCUUGCGGUAAGAAGUUUGGCAACCUGUGUCUCACUGAGAUUAUGUUCAGCCAUAUGUUCGGCGGCCGGAUGUUUGCAACCGGGGAUGUUAUCAGCGUUCAGACAGCCCUGCUCUACAAUGUUGAAGCCGCUGUGUGCGAGAAUGAUCCCGCCGGUGAUUUGAGCGCUAUGAAUGCCAUGGAUUUCGUGUCUGCCAUGCAAACCCUCUCCGUGUUAUGCUUGGAGAAAUACCCCAGUGACGUGGCAGUGUUUUCCUCGACACUGCUCUCGGAACAACAACGGUUUCUAUGUAAGAAAGUUGGGUUGAUUGUAGAUAGUUUGUCCCCGAUGCUUAUGGCUAUCGCGAAUCCGAUGGUGCAAGAGUGGCUGGCUUCCAAAGCCGUCGCUACAUCCCAUCAUUUGCCCGUUCUUAUUUCUGCCAUAAGCAGCAGCAAAAGACUAGGCAGCACCUUUUGGAGGCUUGUAUUCGGAGCAUUGAAGCCUGUCGAUCUCGAGACGGCCAUGGUGGCAGUUCAACGCACGGUUACUAACGCUUGUGACCGCGAGAGCAGGAAUGUGCAGUUGUCACUCAUGCACGGCCUGCUGGAGAAUGUACGGACCUUCCUGGCAGAUCCACGUACUGUUGUCGGCAACCGAGACCGCAACAACGUUGUCGACGUUGGUGCAUACGUAUCAAUAGCCAACAUGCUAUCAGCGAAUGGCGUUGACAUGGAAGGAGUGAACAUUGAUCCAGAAGAUAUCAUGGCCCUUUUCACAGUUCUGCAGUUUGCUGAUCACGUGACUGCUCUGAAUGUCUCCCGCUGUAACUUGUCCAGCGCACAUUCACGAGUGCUGAAACAAGUUCUGGACAAGUCAGUAGAAGUGAAUCUAUCCGGAAAUCGUCUCAGUGGAGUGCUCCUGGAAAACAUUGGCACCGCGCUUUCCACAUCGACACAGCCAUAUCCACAGAUUGUGAGUAUGAGAGAGUCAUCACUUACCGGCGGUGCAAAAGACGGUGCUGCGCUUGCCAAGUGUGUAGAGCACUGCAGUGUUACAGAGCUAUACUUGACAGGCUCUGGGCUGGGCAAUGUCGGACUGGCGUCCUUCGUUGCCAGUCUAACACCAUGCGACCAUCUCACCAGUCUCUCCCUUGCAAACUGCAAUCUUCAGUCCAGUUGUGGCUCCAACCUAGCCACACUUCUUGCCAAGUUGCCAUGUUUGGAAUCACUUUGGCUGCAUGAUAAUGCCUUGUGUGACGAGGACGUCACUUGUAUGCUGACAGCACUCGCCCAUCAUUCUGCUAUUCAGAAUCUAUUCCUGGAAAACAACCAGCUCACCAACAAUCUGGCAGCAGACAUCAUUGACUGUUUCGAAUCAAGACGCAAUAGUUCGGCGGACAUCACUGAUGAACACGACGGCAUGGCAUGCGAUGCAAUCAUGGCCGAGUCUAUGAUCUACCUGAAUGGAAAUGACGUCACUGUCCACCUGCUCGACCAACUUGCUGCCUCUGGUUACUGUGGUGAUGACAGCGUUGACAUUGGUAGCCAUUUAUUCACCAGAACAUUGAUUCACGUCGUCUCGGCUCAGCAACUAGUUGAGGAGCACGAUGGUGAGCUACAGGGUAUGAUGCACGACUUUACCAUGUCUUCUCUUGGACACAUCCUCAGCAGCAGCAACAGCAGCAGCGGCGGCACGGACAUAACAACUCUGGAUAUUGAAGGCUGCAGAAUUACCAACAAUGGUGUUAUGGCGAUUUCUUCAGCUGGCCUUUCGGCAAACACUACUCUGUCGUACAUCAGUGUCUAUGGCAACAAGAUACAGAGUUUGGGUGCCGCUCUGUUGCUACAAGCACUGUCACCGCCAACACGUGUAUCGGCAACACUGCGGGCAUUGGAUCUGGGAUGCAAUCCCAUCUUCAAAGAACCCACCGGUAAUGCAUCGUAUCACCUGUUGCUGGAAGCAUUGGCUCUCUGUCGACAGCUGCGCUUCUUGUCCCUCAGCGACACAGGCAUGACGGAUGAGAUCGGCAUCGCCAUUCUGCAAUGCUUCAAGACGCACGCACACAUUGGCUGGCUGGAUAUGUCCUGCAACAGGCUUGGCGACGGCGCAAUGCAUGCGCUAGCUGAUGCCAAGGACGUCAACAGCAGCUUAAAGCUGAUCGCUUUGGAGAACAACCAUAUCAGUGACGCUGGCCUCGAGUGUCUUAUCGUAUCGGACAACAUCAUGGCUAUGGAUGGAGUGCACCUGUACGCUAAUGUUUGCUCAACUAAUGCCGCGGCUAUGCCACCGCCGUUAUUCAACACCCAAUUGCCGUACAAUACUUCCACCGUUCUCCAGUUCGUUUGCCAGUCAUGUGAUCCAAUUGCUCAUCCAUAGCCGCUGCAGUGCAGCGUGUAUACGUGAGUUGAGCAGGAAAUGGAAUGAAGGAUUGAAAUUCUUGAGUCACUAGUCUAACACAUUGAGAAACAGUAUAGCAUGUGCUACAGUGCUUGCGACGACGAGCAUGGUUAUGCCAAUGAAGGCAUCAUGAUGGCAAUGGAGAGCACAGUGCCCCAGCAAAGAGGACAGGCUGACGGCAAAGAAUACAAAAUAAUUCCACGAACAGCACAGUCUGCCAAUAGUGUUCAGCAGAUCUUGCCAAUUAUGUGACUUCGGUCACCCGCGCUGCUUGAACUAUCACAGAGUUAUUUUCUUUGACUGUAACACUUCUUGUAUUGACUACUUUCCAGGUAUUGGAUUGAUGUGGGACUCAACGCCACCGUUGAUACUUAUACAGUGUACCAAUAUGACCCUGCGGGUAUGGUGUAGAUGCCACUCUGCCACAUUUCCUUUACAUUAAAUUUUGAUUGACUAUCGGAUCUGCCAUAGCUACUAUGCUCUUUACAGUCUUCCAUUCUACCUUAUGCAAUGUAGAUGGUGACACAACUGCAACAAGAAAUGGUCUUAGAUACAGCCUGCGAGCAGGCAUUUGCAAAAUAAAAUUUAUAAACCCUUUCCUGAUGACAUCGAUGCAGCUAAUGGGAUCAAGUUUCGGUCUUUGACCACUUUGCUGGUGGGCUAAUCUACUCACCUCCCGCCGCUCCAGGAGCUGCAUCUGCGCCUUUGAUCUUUGCAUAGUGGUGCAGGGUGGUGCAUGGUGGUGCA